UGAGGUUUGAUAAGUCAAAGCCUACACACCAACCUCCAGCAUUAAACAUCUGCAGGACCCUUACACUACUUCCUUGAUAAUCAAUCAUGGGACUUGUUUCCGAUCUCAUCCCGUUCGCUAAAGAGAUCCUGAGCCACAGGCCAUGCCGGGGGAUGCUGAAGGUCUAUCUGAUGGGCUCCAUGCUGGUCCUACUGGGGGCAGCGGGGGGGCUUGUGGAAACCUUCCUACUGCCGUUUCUAGAGAGGAGGCCGCAGAAGGAGGACAGUGAGACAGACUUUCUCCUCAUGGCGACUUUCAGACAAAAGCAGCAGCAGCUGGUGGAGUCAGCCUCGGAGACCACAGCCCGCCAUCUGCAUGAAGUCAGCCUAUAGGAGACCACAGCCCGCCAUCUGCAUGAAGUCAGCCUAUAGGAGACCACAGCCCGCCAUCUGCAUGAAGUCAGCCUAUAGGAGACCACAGCCCGCCAUCUGCAUGAAGUCAGCCUAUAGGAGACCACAGCCCGCCAUCUGCAUGAAGUCAGCCUAUAGGAGACCACAGCCUAACAUCUGCAUGCCCCCUCGUCAACUCUAUCGCUCUGUUGACAAGAACCUAAAUGUCUGUCGUGUUUUAUGAGUCUGAAUCUACUGUGAGUAGAGAGCGAGUGGUGUCUAUAUAUAGCAUUGAUGAUUUGCUGCUGGGCAGCAAAUGUUCAAAAGAUUUUGUCAUAAAAAAUAAUAAAACUCUUUAUAUUUUCUUUAAGAAUGUGAACUUUACAUAGAGAAAAACAUUGUUUGCCAGUGGUUAUAUAAAAACGCAACAACCCCUUUUCAAACAAAUAAGAAAUCGAUUGGAUAAAGAAUAAAGGUAAAUCUUGGAAAACUAAAUAAAUAUAUCGGUCAAAUUAAGAUUCUGUAUUACAGCAAACAUCUACAUAUCUCAACUAUGAAAAUGUGUCACUUUAUAAAAGAUAAAAAUUGGAAAUUCAACUCCAAUACACCUUACCAUAAAGCUAAGAAGAAGAAGUAUGGUUUGUACUAUUUGUUGUUGUUUCCAAAGGCUUCAAACAACAAAAGUGUAACUAUUCUAAACCACUAGAUGGCGGUGAUAAAAUAUAUCAGCAAGUCAAGACCUCAACUUCCGUCUGAAUAGCGGAAACGAAGUCUAUGUAUAUGUUAUGUUUUCCAUGUUUACUAGUGUCACAUUAAUCUGCAUUGAAUGCACAACGCAUAAAUUGCACUAAGACAGCUAGACACUUAAAACAUACCGACUUCAUUUAUUUCCAAUGGCGGAUCCGGCGGUGGCACCGGGAGGUUACAAUGCAGGAGGGCGGUCGAGUAGUAAAACAAACUCCAGCCCAGCGGACAACUAUCACAUGGCGAGGCGUCGCACCCUGCAGGUGGCCGUCAGCGCCCUCCUGACGGAGUGCGGAUUCGAGAGCGCAGAGAAGGCGGCUGUUGAGUCUCUAACUGAGAUGAUGCAAAGUUAUAUAACAGAAAUAGGACGCUGUGCCAAAUCUUACUGCGAGCAUACUGCCAGGAGCAUUCCCACACUCCCCGAUGCAGUGGUCACACUCAUUGAGAUGGGGUUCAAUGUUGACACUCUUCCUGUCUAUGCAAAAAGGUCCCAACGGAUGGUUAUAACAGCCCCUCCGGUGACCAACCCUCCCAUGACUCCUAAAGCGCUGACGGCAGGACAGAAGCGCCUGCACCCCGCAUAUAUUCCCAGCCACUUCCCAGAGUUCCCUGACCCCCACACCUACAUCAAAACCCCCACUUUCAGGGAGCCGGUGUCUGACUACCAAGUGGUUCGGGAGAAGGCCGCAUCCCAGCGGAGGGAUGUGGAGCGGGCCCUCACACGCUUCAUGGCCAAGACCGGAGAGACUCAGAGCCUCUUCAAGGAUGACAUUACCGCAUUCCCACUGAUUGCGGCGAGGCCGACCGCCAUCCCCUACCUGAGCGCCCUGCUGCCGUCGGAGCUGGAGCUGCAGACGCUGGAGGAGACGGACUCGUCGGAGCAGGACGACCAGACAGACAGCGACAACACGGCCGGGAACGGCCUCAACGACGACCCGAGGGCCGACAAGGAGAAUUCCAUGCUGCCGCCGAGCAGCAUAGUGCCGUCCGUCAAGGCCAGCGAGGACAACACGAUCGAUAACCCCUACCUGAGGCCCGUGAAGAAGCCCAAAGUCAGGAGGAAGAAGUGAGCCAAGGCCCAACACAACUGCGACCAAUAAGACUUUUUGCCCCCGUUCCUCCCUAAAUCAACUCCACCUGGAAGCAGAGGAUGAGAUUUAACCACAACUCUGACGGCUCGCUUGGCUCCUAAAAGGAUACAGUGGCAAUUCAAUUUGAUGGCAUCUAGCGUUGUUGUCUGCAGAAAAUUUGCUUUUGUAUAUUUUUUGGGGAUUAUUCUCCCAUUCCCUUAUAUUAACUGACCUCAUGGCUGCCAUGCAUAUGGUUUCAUUUCUUUAUUUUGUUUUAGAUAUUUGUCAGGUUGGCUUUGGUAAAAAACAACAAAACAUUUUGAAAUAAACAGUUAAGAUCAGUUUUUUCUGUGGCUCAUGGAUGAGGGUUAGGGUUAUUACUACACUAACCCUAACCCAGUGAUCUCUAAAGGAAGUGAUUUCCUGACGCAGGGGACACCGCUGAAGGACGUUCAGAAGUACAUUCUCAAGUAGGCUACUCUGGCCCUUUGCUUCUUGAAGUCCUUGUCACACUGGAGCUGAGGAGACAAAAGGUAUUAAACAUUUAAUAUCAAUAAAAAGAUGAGGUGACUUUCAACCAAAUAUAGCAAUUAAUUCCACUUUUUCUAAAGGUAGGCUUAAAGCAAGCACCAUUAAAGAUUAAUUCAUUUAGCCUUCGAUGAAUUUUUCAACUAUUGUUAGUUCAAUAUAGAGGAAGCUGGAACCAUUUUGUUAUCUGUUCUUUUGUGAAAACGAAGGUAGAAAAAAAAAUACAUUUGAUAUCUUAUAGGUUGGAAGACAUUAAAUUAUUAUUUUUUUAAGUGCAAAUUUCAAACUUCCGGAACGAAGUGCAAUAACCCUACACAUCAAUGUUUGACAGUU